GGCUGCGGCGGCGACGAUCUCCCAGCGGGCAGUGCGGCCCGGCUCUCCUGAGGUAGCGAGUGCCACGUCCCAAGUGCUACGCGGAGGAGCGGAGCGUGCGGUGAGCAGGGGGCGGGGAGCAGCGCAGAGCCCGGCCCGGCCACACUGAUCGCCCGCCGCCAUGGGCUCCUCGCAGAGCGUCGAGAUCCCAGGCGGGGGCACGGAAGGCUACCACGUCCUGCGGGUACAAGAAAACUCCCCAGGACAUAGAGCUGGACUGGAGCCAUUCUUUGAUUUUAUUGUUUCUAUUAAUGGUUCGAGAUUAAAUAAAGACAAUGAUACUCUUAAGGAUCUACUGAAAGCAAAUGUUGAAAAGCCUGUAAAAAUGCUUAUCUACAGUAGUAAAACACUGGAGCUGCGAGAGACCUCAGUCACACCAAGUAACAUGUGGGGUGGCCAGGGCUUGUUGGGAGUGAGCAUUCGUUUCUGCAGCUUUGAUGGGGCAAAUGAAAACGUUUGGCAUGUGUUGGAAGUGGAAUCAAAUUCUCCUGCAGCACUGGCAGGUCUUAGACCUCACAGUGAUUAUAUCAUUGGAGCAGAUAUGGUCAUGAAUGAGUCUGAAGAUCUGUUCAGCCUUAUUGAAACACAUGAAGCAAAACCAUUGAAACUCUAUGUGUAUAAUACAGACACUGAUAACUGUCGAGAAGUGAUUAUUACACCAAAUUCUGCAUGGGGUGGAGAAGGCAGCCUAGGAUGUGGCAUUGGAUAUGGUUAUUUGCAUCGAAUACCUACACGUCCAUUUGAAGAAGGAAAGAAAAUUUCUCUUCCAGGACAGAUGACUGGUACACCUAUUACUCCUCUUAAAGAUGGGUUUACGGAGGUCCAGCUGUCCUCAGUUAAUCCCCCGUCUUUGUCACCACCAGGAACUACAGACAUUGAACAGAGUCUGUCUGGACUAUCUAUUAGCUCAACGCCACCAGCUGUCAGUAAUGUUCUCAGUACAGGUGUACCAACAGUACCAUUAUUGCCACCACAAGUAAACCAGUCCCUCACUUCUGUGCCACCAAUGAACCCAGCUACUACAUUACCAGGUCUGAUGCCUUUACCAGCAGGACUACCGAACCUCCCUGCCCUCCCCAACCUCAACCUCCCCACCCCGCACGUCGUGCCAGGUGUCAGUUUACCAGAACUUGUGAACCCGGGUUUGCCACCUCUUUCUUCCCUGCCUCCCCGAAACCUACCUGGCCUGGCACCUCUCCCCAUGCCAUCCGAGUUCCUCCCGUCAUUCCCUUUGGUUCCAGAGGUCUCUUCCGCAGCAGGCUCAGCAGAGCUGCUGUCCUCCUUUCCACCCACCAGCAGCCCAUCCUCCGAGCCCGUCCCGACCACUGCAAGGGCAGACGCUGCCUCAGCACUCACUAUGGAUGUGACGCCCCCCACUCCCAAGGCCCCAGCCACUGUUGAGGACAGAGUCAGCGAAUCCGCCCCAGCCAGUGAGAAGCCUGUCUCUGCGGUUGUGGAUGCACAUGCCUCUGAGUCACCUUAGCUUUGGACCGGCCUUCGGAAUCGGCGUGGUGUUAUGAUUUCACCGCGGGAGCGUGUCUGGAAAUGCAAACUAUCGUUAAUUUCAUACUAGUUUGUACCGUAUCUGUAGGCGUCCUGUAAAUAAUUCUAAGGGGAAAACUAAGCAAGAGGACAUGGGCUUGUAUCCUGCUAAGUGGGGAUGGGGCUCACGGGCUGGGGAGGGAAAUGUCAGAAAGUGCUUGUAUUUUAAAACAACCAAAAAGAAUUGUAAGGGUAGCUUGCUGCCAGGUUUCCACUGCCAUUCUUGAGGGUGUACAUCUUUGGGAAAGGUGAUAACAGGUUGUCCACUAGGCUCCCUGUCCUCCUACUGUUACUUCUGUACGAAAAUGAAAUAUUUUAUGCCUAAUACCCACAUGCAACAUUUCUUGUAUUUUGUAAAUCAUUUGCGAGAAUGCAGACCACCUCACUGAACUGUGAAGGGAAAGAUA